AUGGCUAACAACACUAACAAAGGGGGACAACAGGAUCCUCCACAGGGAUCGGGAAAUAACAAUGAUAGUGCAACAAACACUACAGGUCCCAAUGCCCAAUCACAGGCCAUGUCUGCGCCAACGCACUUUGUGGCCGCAACUGGUCCAAUUCUUGGGUCUACAGGAACGAUCCAAGGAAAUAAUUCAACAUUUGUUGCUGCUACAAAUACUCCGUCGAAUGCACAAGUGAGUCCAAUACCACAAUUUGGUACUCAGGGGACACCCCCACCAAAUCAAGGAUUCGGAGACCAGAGACAAUGGAGAGAUCCACCCUAUGGGAUGCCAUAUUCUUACAUGGCAGAAACCCCUGAAGAACAACCUGGGAGGGUAGUACUAGUUGAUAGAAACCAAAAUGCUGACGAAGUGAUUCACAGGGUUAGGCAAAAUAAUCAUAUGGAGACAAAUCUAACUACUAUGAUAGAGAGGAUUAUGGCCCAAAAUGAUCUAAAUACCGGACUUCGGAGGCCAAAUUAUACAUCCCCUUUAUCUGAUUAUGUCUUACAAGUUGAAUUACCUAGGGGUCGCAAGGUCCCUAAGUUUACCAAGUUUUCAGGUGAUACUAGUGAAUCUACCACAGAGCACAUAGCCAGGUAUAUGACAGAGGUUGGAGAUUUGGCGAACAAUGAGGAUCUGAGGGUGAAGUAUUUUCCCAGUUCUCUAACCAAGAACGCUUUCACAUGGUUCACAACACUACCACCAAACUCCAUAGAUACUUGGUCCCAGUUCCGUUUGCUAAAAGCUAGAUGUUUCACAGUGGUACCUGAACACGAAUUAGUCGAAAUGGCCGUUGGAGGUCUAGAUUACUCCAUCAGGAAGAAAUUGGACACUCAAUAUCUGCGAGAUAUGGCCCAAAUGAUUGAUAGAGUUCGCCAGGUCAAAAGAUUAAAAGUUGAGAAGGCCAGAGCAAAUAAAAGUUAUAAAAAAGAUAGAGUUACCUACGUCGAAGUAGACGAAGAAGAACCAGAGACCUUCGAGGAUCAACAUGGUUUCGAAGAUUGCGAAGUGGAUUUAGCCGAAUUAAAAGAAGCAGGUCCUUAUACCUGCAAGAUGAUUACACCAUCAAACGGGAAAAAUCCCGUUGAAAUUGAAAAGAAUGAUAAGUUUCCUAAGAAAACAUACACAUUUAAUGUAACUAAAUGUGAUAAAAUAUUUGAUUUGCUUGUGAAAGAUGGCCAAAUGGUUUUGCCUCCUAAUAUUAAGAUUCCUCCGUUUGAGCAACGGAAGUAG